AAUCUUUAUAAAUAAAAUAAAAAACAAAUUUGAAAUGUGACUAGGUGCUCAUGGUUGAGAGUUUGCUUUGCAAUUCACUACCCAACAAAAGAAACCCUCAGAAACAGAUUAAUUAACACAGGUGUGGAUCAAAUUCACUUUGUGUGUGAUUGGUUACACCUGAGCUAAUUUAGGAUUGCGAUAUGUUUUGUGUGUCACAACCUAUUAAUAAAUUACGUUUUUUUCUCUUUUCAAUCUUUGUGUUAAACAGUGAGUUGUGCGUAAUUCAAGCUUUGUGUCACAGGGCCUCACUGGAUAUGUGUUAAAUAAGAAAAGUCCAGUUAUUACAUUCCUUUUUUUAAAAAUUUUAAUAUCUCAUUUAAUUUCAAAUCUACGAAAAGAGGAUGUCUGUGACCGUGUCUGCAUUCUGUAUGAUCCACUGCCGGAGGCUGAGCAGUACUACUGGCCCUGGAGUGAAGAGGGUGCUGCCCUGGAGGGCCGUCAGGAAAAUUGCAAAAGUGACCGGAGCGGUCAUAUUAGGAGGCUGUGCGUUUAUCACAUACGAGGUGGUUUCCUUGAAUAAAGCUGUGAGCAUCGACACACAAGCCAUUCAACAGGAGAAGCUUAAGUCCUACAUUUACCUGUCAGCUCAGCCUUUUAAUGAGCAGGAGAACCUUGCCACAGGACUCACAUAUAAGGCUAGAAGAGAACUUCACAAAGCAGCAAGAAGGUUUCUGGAAGUCUCAUCAAGGAUUCUUCUGAGGCCUCUGGAUGCUGCCUCGCCUGCCCGGCCUGUGAUAACAUCAGAACACCUGAGUCAUCUGGAUGCUGACCCCCACGAGGUGGCGCUGUGGGUCCUGUUGAAGAGGGCUUGUUCAGCCAGCCGGACCACCCGACUGUCCGCGGUACAGGAACUGGCUCAGAACCACCAUUGGCAAGACUACCAGUACCAGACCGCAGCCCAGGCCGUAGACCAGCGAACGGCAGUCGGUCUGGCCCGCACCCCUCAGGUCGACCUACGAUUCUUCCUGUCUCCGCCCGUCCUGCCGGGGAUGGAAGAUGGUUUAUCUAUAGAGGACGGUCUGAGGCAGUUGCUGGCAUCUCUUCCCCAGUCAGAGGUGGACCAAUGUGUCCAGUACUUCACCUCAUUGGCUCUGAGGGAGACCACCCAGGCCAUGGCAGCGCAAAGGGGGGGUCUGUGGUGUUUCGGGGGGAACGGACUGCCCUACGCUCAGAGCCUCACUUCGGUCCCCUCUGAGAAGGUGGAAUCCUUCUGCCUUCAAGCCCUAGUUCAGCACUCCAAGGUCCAAAGUCACUGCGAUCACAUCGUGUCCAACGGGGGUCUGCAGCUCCUCCAGAGGGUCUACCAGCUUCGCCACGACUCCCAGAAGAUCCAGAGAAACAUUGUGCGCAUCAUCGGCAACCUGGCUCUUAAUGAGAGCACGCAUCAAGCCAUAGUACAGUCAGGUUGGUUGUCGGUGCUAGCGGAGGUUAUGCAGUCUCCGCACGUCAUGCAGGCGUCCCAUGCUGCCCGGGCCCUGGCCAACCUGGACAGGGAGACGGUCAAGGAGAAGUACCAGGACGGAGUCUACGUGUUGCAUCCCCAGUGCCGAACCAGCCAGCCAAUCAAAGCAGACGUUCUCUUUAUCCACGGGCUCCUGGGGGCAGCCUUUAAAACGUGGCGGCAGAAGGACUGUGACCUCGCAGAGAAUGAGAUGGCCGCUGGGGCCUCAGAGGACUACACACAGUGCUGGCCAAAGUCGUGGUUGGCUUCAGACUGCCCCAACCUGAGGAUUCUAUCUGUGGAGUACGACACUCACUUGAGUGAUUGGAGAGCCAGGUGUCCUGCUGAAAACCAAAGAAUGUCUCUGGCUCAUAGAAGCAGAGAGCUCCUGCAGAAGCUGAAGUCUGCAGGAGUAGGAGACCGGCCUGUGGUUUGGGUGGCACACAGCAUGGGAGGUUUGCUGGUGAAGAAGAUGCUGCUGGAUGCGUUGAAGGACCCCGAGAUGAAAGAACUGACUCGCAACACAAAGGGCGUCAUGUUUUACAGCGUGCCGCACCGUGGAACCUUCAUGGCAGAGUAUUCGGUCAACGUGAGAUACCUCCUCUUCCCCUCCGUAGAGGUCCGGGAGCUCUGUAGAGACUCCCCAGCGUUGCGGAACCUCAAUGAGAGCUUUGUAAACAUGGCCAAAGAGAGGGAGUUUAAGGUAUUGAGCUUUGCAGAGACAAUGCCCACCACCAUCGGCCCCAUGAUUAAGAUACAAGUUGUGCCAGCUCAGUCAGCAGAUCUAGGCAUUGGGGAAAUUAUCCAAGUGGAUGUGGAUCACCUCAACAUCUGCAAGCCUGAGAAGAAAGACUCAUUUCUCUACAAGCGUAGCCUGCAGUUCAUCCAGGAUGCACUGCAGGGCUACACCGGACAGGACCUAUGAUGCUGGAAUUGGAGGAACCCUGGCUUAAUAGGAGUCACCCAGUGGAGUCACCCCCCUUCCCAGAGGAGGCAACCCCUUUCCCAAAGGAUUCAACCCAGAGGAGUCACCCCACUUCCCAGAGGAGUCAACCCAGAGGAGUCACCCCCCUUCCCAGAGGAGUCAACCCAGGGGAGUCACCCCCCUUCCCAGAGGAGGCAACCCCUUUCCCAGAGGAUUCAACCCAGAGGAAUCACCCCCCUUCCCAGAGGAGUCAACCCAGAGGAGUCACCCCACUUCCCAGAGGAGUCAACCCAAAGGAGGCACCCCACUUCCCAGAGGAGUCAACCCAAAGGAGGCAACCCCUUUCCAAGAGGAGUCAACCCAGAGGAGUCACCCCCCUUCCCAGAGGAGUCAACCCAGAGGAGUCACCCCCCUUCCCAGAGGAGUCACCCGAGUGGGUCCCUUUCAUGUUUUGCAAGCCAUAAACAAAGGCCUGUGGGCUAUCUUUUUGUCAUAUAUAAAAUUUCCUUUUCUACAGGGCUAGGCCCUUUAGGGCCAGUGAAUUGAAAUCUGACCGCAUACAAUUACAUUCUAGACUAUUCUAUGCUUCCAACUAUGUGGCAACAAUUUGAGGAAGGCCCUUUCCUGUUUUAGCAUGACCAUGCCCCAUGCACAGAGUGAGGUCCAUACAGAAAUGGUUUAUCAUGAUUGGUGUGCAAGAACUUGACUGGCCUGCACAUAGCCCUGACCUAAACCCCAUCGACCACCUUUGGUAUUAAAUUAAUUGGAAUGGCAACUGCGACCCAGGCCAAAUCGCCCCAAAUCAGUGCCCAACCUCACUAAUGUUUGUGUAGCUGAUGGGUAGCAAUUCCCAGCAGCAAUGUUUCAACAUUUGGUGGAAAGCUUGCUAAGAGUGAAGUACUCCUUAUUGAUUCCCAUGCUUUUGGAAGGGGAUGUUCAACAAGCAACUGUCCACAUACUUUUGGCCUUCUAGUGUAUUAAUACUUAAGGCUUUGCCUUUUGUAUGUCCCCAUACUGUACUAUUUCCUUAAGCCUUACCUCAGCUACAUAACAAAUGUAAGACAGGUUGAUAUAUUUAUUUUGUAAAUGGAACAUGACCAUGUGAUGCUCACUAACUCCAAGAUGUUGCCAAUAAUUUCCAUGGCAAAUAAACUUUGCAAAAGAAAAUGCUA